AUAAUGCAAUCCAUCGCUUUAGUAUCAGGAUUCAUCGGUUCUUCUGCAGGCUAGGGAAAGGUAUGCUGAGCAGCCGUGGACACUACCAACUUUAGCUGCAGGGGGGUGGUCCACGCUUGGUUAAAUGUAAACACCUCGACCGUACAAAGAUAGCACAACCUCUGCGUUGCUUUUAAAAACUGAGGGAAGAGGCGCCGUGUAGCAGACGCGUUUCCGGCCGAUUCCUUUGGAGUUUGUCACCCCUCUUACAGACGGUUGGGAAAUUCCCUCCACAUGUAUAGUGAUUUGUGAGAGUUGGGGAGCCCGAUGGGGUUGAGUUUGCAGCACGGGAUCAUGUGCUAGACUGGGGAGCACAGAGAAGAACCAAAGCGAGAGUUACAUGGAGGAAGGUGUGUUUGGAAAUACUUUGGGAAUACGCGGCAUUACCGUCACCAAGAAGAAUCGGGCACUGGGGCUGCUGUGUGUUUGUGUGGUGUGAUUGUGUGUUGAUCCAGGAGAAACCGCUGGUGUCAAACAGUCAGGUUGAGAUUCUCAGAUCACCGGGUCUGAUUGUGUGUGUGUAUGUAUGUAUGUUUUUUUUUUUUUUUUUAUGUGUGUGUGAGAGUUAUCUGAUCCCAUCGUGACUGGGAGGUACUCAGGGGUGGAGCUCCAGUGAGGGGCACUGAUCUACAGGCUGCAGCCUCUCAAACAUGAGCAAACUGACUUUCCACAAUAACAAGACGAUGCAGGACCGCCGGUGUGUGUGUGUGUUCCUCCCGAAUGAUGAAACGCUCAACGUCAUAGUCAGUGUUAAGACUGUGUGUCAGGAGUUGCUGGUGCAGGUCUGUGAUAUGCUCAGGUUGAAGGACUGUCACCUGUUCGGCCUCAGUGUUAUUCAGAACAAUGAACACAUAUACAUGGAACUGGGACAGAAACUCUCCAAAUACUGUCCAAAAGAGUGGAAACGGGAAGCCAGCAAGGGAAUUGACCAGUUUGGACCUCCAAUGAUCGUUCACUUCAGAGCACAGUAUUAUGUUGAAAAUGGCAGACUUAUCAGUGAUCGUGUGGCACGGUAUUAUUACUAUUGGCACUUGCGGAAGCAGAUACUGCAGUCUCAGUGCAUCCAGAGAGAAGAGGCUUAUUUCCUUAUGGCUGCAUUUGCGCUGCAGGCUGACCUGGGAAACUUCAAACGGAACAAACACUUUGGUGCCUAUUUCCAGCCGGAAGCAUAUUUUCCCUCCUGGGUAAUUGCGAAGAGAGGAUGUGACUAUAUUCUCCGUCAUAUCCCAAACAUGCACAAAGAGCAGUUUGCUCUUACGGCGUCAGAGGCCCAGCUGAAAUACAUAAAGGAAGCAGCACUCUUAGACGACGUGACUGUUCAUUUUUACCGCCUUUACAAGGAUAAAAAAGAGCUGGAUGCUUCUUUAACUCUGGGACUGACCUUACGUGGGAUUCAAAUUUUUCAGAAUGUGGGAACUGUCAGGCAACUCUUGUAUGAUUUUCCCUGGACCAACGUGGGGAAACUGGUGUUUGUGGGGAAGAGGUUUGAGAUUCUUCCUGAUGGUUUACCUUCAGCCAGGAAGCUCAUCUACUACACAGGCUGUCCUCUGCGCUCACGACACCUUCUCCAGCUGCUCAGCAACAGCCACCGAUUGUAUAUGAACCUGCAGCCUUUGCUGAAGCAGGUUCGGCGACUGGAGGAAAAUGAAGAAAAGAAGCAGUACAGGGAGUCAUAUAUCAGCGAUGCUCUGGAGGCGGACAUGGAUCAUUUGGAGCAGCGUUCACGUGCCAGCGGCAGCAGUGCUGGCAGCAUGUCACGACCCAAUCCCUUUUCAAGACACUCCACCACGAGUCAUGGCAGCUCCCGCACAUCCGGCGUCGACACUGACAGUUUCCGAACACCUACCAACACACCCCACCGACCGCUGAGAACACACUCGUCUUCCAACACCAGUCAUGCCAGCACACACACGUCUGGCAUCGAGAGCAGCAGCAAGGAGCACUGCCUGGAUGAAGAUGAGAUUGAGAUGCUGGUUGAUGAUCCGAAAAGUUGUGAAGAUCUACACGAUUUAGAUCUAAACCAGGAACUGUGUAUUCACAUCACAGAGGACAUGCUGUCAGCACAGAACAAUGGAUGCUCUGGGUUAGUGGUGAAGGAAGUCAGUUCUUCCACAUCCAGCUCAUCAGAGACCAUCGUGAGAAUGAGGGGCCAGAGCAUCGAAUGUCUUCCCCAGACGGCGACGGGCAUGAAGGGCCAGGGCUCUGCAGACCGGCACAGCCAAUCACUGGAUGAUGUUCGUCUGUUCCAGAGGAACUGUGAGGAGUGGACGGAGCUUUGCCAGGACACCGCACAUAGCUAUACAUUUGGCUGCGAGCCAGACCUCGGGGACACGGUCGGCUGCGGGUACCAGGGACUUGCAGAUCAGUGCACAGGCAUCCGGAAUAACCAGCAUGCGUUUCCCAUCAAGAGAACCAGCAAGUAUUUUUCUCUGGAUCUGGACAGAGAAGAUCUGACCACAGAACACUUAACCACCGAAGCAGAACCAGAAUUCGUGGUUUAAGGCAGAGAGUAUUGAAAAGAGCCUCAGAACAAAUUAAAAGGGAAAAAAUUCUGUCAGGUUGUUACAAACCCAGCUUAUUUUUUCUGUGGAACACAAGAAGAGAAAAAAAGAGAAGUUCUGAUAACCGUUCUUGUUGCACUUUUCCAGGCUGGUAAAAUAAAAAGAAGUUGUAAAUCUUCUGUGUUAUAGACCUUAGUCAGGGUAGGGACAUGAUGGGAGGAAUGAAAAUUAGGUUGCAAGGGAUGAAAGUACAGUGUGUUUAAUGGUCUGUACUCUUAUUUAAUAACAUCUAGAACACUUUAAGAAGACAACAACUUUUGAAAGUUGUGAGUUAUAAGAAUUCCACAUGAUCUAGGUCUAGGAAACCAUUUUGAAGACUGUAAGUCUAUCACUACAGCCUCGUUUCCAACCAUGUAUAUCCAAAAAGGAAAAUUCUGUUGUCAUUUACUCAUGUCAACGUUGUUCCAAUUUUUUUUCUUCUGCCGAACACAAAAGAAGAUAUUGGGAAGAAUGCUGAUAACAAAACAGUUUGGGUUCCCAUUGAUUUCCAUUGUGUUUUUUGUCCAUAUAAGGGAACAGCAUUAUAUAAAUUAUAAAUAAAUUAUUUUGUGUUCCACAGAAGAAAGCCACACAGGUUUGAAAUGACAUGAGGGUGAGUACUGUGAAUGAUGAUAAAAUUUCCAUUUAUGGGUGAACUUCAUUUAAAUUCAGUAUGGCAUCUACUCUGACUAUGGUCUGUGUUUCAGAUCUCCUAAAGACAGUUUUAUGAAUGGAUGUUGCUAUUUUGUCAUUUUUUAGAAGUUUGAAAUUUAUGAAUUUAAUUUCAUUAUAUGGAAAAGAGCAGCAUGAACAAUCUGCUAAACAUCUCCUUUUGUGUCCCACAGAAGGAAGAAAAAAUGUACAGACUGAUAGUAAAUGAUAGAAUUUUUCUUUUUUUUAUGUGAACUAUCCCUUUAAGGUCAUUUAGUAUGUGUGUGCGUGUAUCCAAAACAAGAGAAUCUGCAAUAUCCUAAUGCCAAAAUACUAAAAUCUAGAAAAAUCUGCCUUACCAAAGUUUCCAAAAGUCUGUGUGCGUGUGCGUGUGUGUGCUGCCCUUAGUAAACCCUUCAGUGCCUUAAAUUCACUAUGCAGGUUGAGUGCAGAAACUAAUGUUCACUCCUGUUUACUUCCACCCUUGGCUUCAAGGAAGCGCCCCAGUCUCGACUCCAAGAAUAACACUAAACCUAAUGAGCUUUUUGGGAUUGUGGUAAGUGAAUCAUGUGAGCAUCAUAAUCAGAGGGCUCAGUGCCGGGUGUGCCGCCCCGCAGGAUGAACGACUGAUGGGAUUUCAGGCCGUUGAGGCUCUUGAUUUAGAGCCGUUUGCACACAGCCGAUACUGUUGGUGUUCAAGGGGGAAAAAUCCGUCUUCCAUAGACUUUUCAUUACAGUUUCCCAUUUUCUUUAUACGUCUGAUGAUUAUCUGUCAAACUGGAAGGUUAUUUCUUUAUGUAGUUUUAUAAAGAAAGACUGCUGUGUGUGUGUGUGUUUUAAUGGUGUGUUGCCUGUCAGUAUUAAGCUGUUAAUGGGAGACAGUAUUAGAAACCUUAUGUAUAGGUUGCAACAUGCAAUUCUUCCAUUUAAACAAAAAAAGAGAGUGUAUGGACACUCAAUAAAAAGAAAGGUAGACACUACAGAUGAAGAAUCAGUGCAGUAAACCCACUUUCAAUUAAAAGCUCCUCUUUUUUGCAUGGACGGUUUGGAUUAACAGCACUUAAAAGCUCAUGUGCAUGCGGGCCUUCGUGUUCUGCUAAACAUUAGUGCAGUCCCUAUAGAGACCCUCACCCAUCUUCACAUUCACCUCUCUGCCCCUUUGUAAAGCAGCAAAACAUUUGAAGCUAUCUUAUAAUAAUUUUGAUUGUUUUUGGAGUUUAUGAUGACUGAACACAUGCAACUGAUCAUACGUGGGCUCCAUGUACUGUUUACCCUUUGUGUCUGCAGCUAGACUUUGCCCUUUCUGUGAAAGGAAUUCCCUAUGUGAAAAUGAUUUCCCCCAAUUCUUUUGCAGACCCAUUCGACUCAUUUGCUCACUCAUGACAGUGUAUUCUGUGCCUUGCAGGUGCCAAAGUCAUCAAAUGUUUGCAAUAAAAGGUACCUUCAUUUGUAGUAC